AUGGUUGUUGGUAUUUGGGGGGGUAGGGUGUUUAUGGUUUUUUGUUGUAUUGUGUUUGGGGGUUUGGGUUGGGAGUGUGGGUGGGGGGGGUGUUUAGGGUUAGGUUGGGAUGGGUUAGAAUGGUUUGGUGUGGGGGGUUGGGAUGGGUGUUUUGGGGGAUUGGUUUGGGGGGGAUAUGAUGGGGGUUGGGUGGAGGGGGGGGUGGGGGUGAGUGGGGGGGGAUGUGGGUGGGGGGUGGAUUGUGGGAUUUGGUUGUUUUGGGUGUUGGGGUGGGGGGGGUGGGGGAGGGGGUUGUUUGGGGGGGGGGGGUGUUGA